UCUGCCUACGUGGGAGAGAAGGCAGUGUUGGGGGAAGUGUGGAAACCCUCCGGAGGCGCUGCUGCUGAAGGAAGAUUUGGUGGGAGGAGGAGGACGGGGUAAAGACAGGCUGGGAGGGGAGAAGUAAGGAGGACAAAUAGGUCGCCUCUCCCGAGUUGGCACAAAGUUCUUCUUCGAGAUGUGGCUGAAGCCCGAGGAAGUGCUGUUGAAAAAUGCGCUGAAGCUGUGGCUGAUGGAAAGAUCCAACGAGUACUUUGUCCUGCAAAGGCGUCGGGGCUACCAGGAAGAAGGCGGAGGAGGUCUUACUGGGCUUCUGGUUGGGACUCUUGAUUCUGUCUUAGACUCCACUGCUAAAGUGGCUCCAUUUCGCAUCCUACACCAGACACCAGAUUCUCAAGUUUAUUUGUCAAUUGCAUGUGGGGCCAACAGAGAAGAAAUAACAAAACAUUGGGACUGGUUGGAACAAAAUAUCAUGAAGACUUUAUCUGUGUUUGAUUCAAAUGAAGAUAUUACUAACUUUGUACAAGGCAAAAUAAGAGGACUAAUUGCUGAAGAGGGAAAACAUUCUUUUGCUAAAGAAGAUGAUCCUGAGAAAUUUCGAGAAGCCCUUUUGAAAUUUGAAAAAUCUUUUGGUUUACCAGAGCAGGAAAAACUAGUAACAUAUUAUUCCUGCAGUUAUUGGAAAGGACGGGUUCCUUGUCAGGGUUGGCUCUAUCUAAGUACCAACUUUCUGAGCUUCUAUUCUUUCUUGCUAGGAUCAGAAAUUAAACUCAUUAUCUCCUGGGAUGCAAUCUCAAAACUUGAAAAGACUUCAACUGUUAUACUAACAGAGAGUAUUCAUGUAUGUUCCCAAGGAGAGAAUCACUAUUUUUCAAUGUUUUUGCACAUUAAUGAAACAUACCUGCUUAUGGAACAACUGGCAAACUAUGCUAUAAAGAGGCUUUUUGAUAAGGAAACAUUUGAUAAUGACCCAGUACUUGACGAUCCUCUACAAAUUACUAAAAGAGGGUUGGAAUAUCGAGCCCACAGCGAGCAAUUCAAAGCCUUUUUUAGGCUACCCAAAGAAGAGACUUUGAAAGAAGUGCAUGAAUGUUUCUUAUGGGUACCAUUCAGCCACUUCAGUACUCACGGAAAAAUGUGCAUUUCAGAAAAUUACAUCUGCUUUGCUAGCCAGGAUGGUAAUUUAUGUAGUGUAAUCAUCCCAUUACGAGAGGUCUUAGCUGUAGAUAAAACUGAUGACUCCAACAGAUCUGUCAUGAUUAGCAUCAAAGGAAAAACAGCUUUUCGUUUCAAUGAGGUUAAAGACUUUGAGCAACUGGUGUCAAAACUCAGGCUCAAAUGCCGGGCAGCUUCAACUCAGGACGUUGUUAGUACAGAGGUUGCUGUUGAUUCUGACUCUACAAGCCCAUCUGAUAAUUUUGAGGAGCAUCCUUUGACAUUUCAAAAAGAGUAUAGCAAAACUGUGAACACUGAGGCCUUAAUGACAGUAUUUCACCCUCAAAAUUUGGAGAAUGUUGAUUCUAAAAUGUUGAAAGAAAAGAUGAAGGAACAAUCAUGGAACAUCUUAUUUUCAGAAUGUGGGCGUGGUGUUACCAUGUUCCGGACAAAAAAGACCCGAGAUCUGGUUGUAAGAGGGAUUCCAGAGACUUUACGAGGAGAGCUCUGGAUGCUAUUCUCAGGUGCUGUUAAUGACAUGGCUACUAAUCCCGGCUAUUAUGCUGAAGUGGUUGAACAAUCCUUAGGGACCUGCAACCUGGCUACUGAGGAAAUUGAACGUGAUUUGCGUCGUUCCCUGCCUGAGCACCCAGCAUUUCAGAGUGAUACUGGCAUAUCUGCUCUGAGGCGGGUACUGACAGCGUAUGCAUAUAGAAAUCCCAAAAUAGGAUACUGCCAGGCAAUGAACAUUUUGACUUCAGUAUUGCUUCUAUAUGCAAAAGAAGAAGAAGCUUUUUGGCUUCUGGUUGCUGUGUGUGAACGAAUGUUGCCUGAUUAUUUUAAUCGUCGAAUCAUUGGUGCCUUGGUCGAUCAGGCAGUGUUUGAAGAACUUAUCAGGGAUCACCUUCCUCAACUGACAGAACACAUGACCGAUAUGACCUUCUUUUCCUCAGUUUCUCUCUCAUGGUUCCUCACACUUUUCAUCAGUGUGCUACCUAUUGAAAGUGCAGUGAAUGUUGUAGACUGUUUCUUCUAUGAUGGGAUAAAGGCCAUUUUACAACUGGGAUUGGCAAUCCUUGACUAUAAUUUAGACAAACUUCUGACUUGCAAAGAUGAUGCUGAAGCUGUGACCACUUUAAACAGGUUCUUUGACAAUGUCAUUAAUAAAGAUAGCCCGUUGCCUUCAAAUGUUCAGCAGGGUUCAAAUUUCAAUGAUGAAAAAGGCAGCCAUACUAAAGUGGAUAUUACAGAUUUGAUUAGAGAGUCCAAUGAGAAAUAUGGUAGUAUUCGCUAUGAAGAUAUACAUAGCAUGCGCUGUCGAAAUAGGUUAUAUGUGAUACAGACCCUGGAGGAAACAACAAAGCAGAAUGUGUUGCGGGUUGUAUCACAAGAUGUGAAAAUGAGCCUUCAGGAACUGGAUGAACUUUAUGUCAUUUUUAAGAAAGAGCUAUUUAUAUCUUGUUAUUGGUAUUUGAGUUGUCCAGGAUUGAAGCAUCAUGACCCCAGCCUGUCAUAUUUGGAACAAUAUCAAAUUGACUGCCAACAAUUCAGAAUGCUGUAUCACUUGUUGAGUCCCUGGGCUCACUCUGCAAACAGAGAUUCACUAGCUCUAUGGACGUUCAGAUUGUUGGAUGAGAACUGUGAUUGCCUUAUAAACUUCAAAGAAUUCUCCUCAGCAAUUGAUAUCAUGUACAAUGGAAGUUUUACUGAGAAGCUUAAGCUGCUUUUUAAGCUGCAUAUUCCUCCAGCUUAUACUGAAGUGAUGUCUAUGACUUCUUCAAAAGGCGAUGAGCUUUCAAAAGAAGAAUUACUUUAUUUCAGUCAGCUCCAGGUUUCUAAGCCUGCAGAUGAGAAGGAAACAGAAUCAGGAAGAAAUAGCCCUGAAAAAGGCAAAGGAAAAAUUGACAUUCAAGCCUACUUAAGUCAAUGGCAAGAUGAGCAUCUCAAAAAAGAAGAAAACAUUAAAGAUUUACCAAGAAUGAAUCAGUCACAAUUUAUUCAGUUUUCAAAGACCCUGUAUAAUUUAUUUCAUGAGGACCCCGAAGAAGAGGCACUAUAUCAAGCCAUUGCUGUUGUAACCAACCUUCUGCUCAGGAUGGAAGAAGUUGGAAGGAAACUCCAUAGCCCCACAUCAUCAGCCAAAGGAUUCUCCAAGACAGCCUGUGAUUCUGGACCCAGUAAGGGGAAAGCAGAGAGCAAAGUGGAGAAAGAUCCUUCCUCUCCCAGGGAAGAACAUCAGUGGUCUUUUGCAUUUGAACAGAUUCUCGCUUCCCUGCUAAAUGAGCCAGCCUUGGUGAAGUUUUUUGAGAGACCCUUAGAUUUAAAAGCCAACCUAGAAAAUGCAAAAAGCUCCCAGUUAAGGUCUAGAACCAAGAUGUAAAUCUCUGUCAGAUUUACCAAGAUUCCUGUACUAUCAGUUUGAUUCCUGAGAAUACUUCUCAGGGAUGUAUUGCAUUACCUGUGUUCUCCAAGGCAAAAGAGAAGAUACUCAGAAGCACAAUGGUUCAUUCCUUUGUAUUAAUCGCAGUUAAAAAAAAAAAAAUCUCCCACUCUUUGUGUCACGAGUUAUGUAGCUUAGGGUAACAUGCUCAGUGAAACCACAAGAGGGCGCUACCACAUCGCUUUAAUGAGUCAGUUACCGGUUUGUGCUGCUGUUUCCGUGAGAUUGUUGGUGUUUGGAAAGGUGUUGAUCUUUUUAUUAGUGAUGCUGUUAUGGCACAUUGGUAAGCUUCAUUUUGUUUUUUUUUAAUUCUUUCCAGUCCUACAAAAAACACUUUAGAAAACUGGGCUUUGGAGCUGUAACUUUAAUUAUCUAGGAAAUUGCCAUUUAGGGCCCCGAUUUCCAAGUUAUAUAACUGAAAGAUUAUUAACUUUUAAAACUCAGUUUUAUUCAGUACAAUAAAACGUGGUUUUUAAAAGCAACUUCUGCAUUUUCUAUUCUCAAGGGAUUGAGAAUUUGCUAGCUCACACUACUAACUCUGUUGCUGAUCAGCACACAUCAAGAAGUCUAAACUCUGGGCUGAUAUAAAGAAAGACAUCACUGAAUUUAGACUUAAAUCAAGCAAAUCAACUCAAGCCCAGCAUUUUGAAAAAGGUUAGGAGACAUUUCCGUUGAUUACGCAGCCCUUUCAUGUAGUCGGAGACAGAACUAAAAAUCCUUUAGAAUGCUGUUAUUUGUGGCAUUUGUCAAAGAAUAGCUUGUGAUUGCUUGGGUCCCAGCUUUAUAUGUUGACUUUUCACCAGUUGUAUUUUAAUUUAAAGUCAGUAGUGUGGAAAAGUUACGCUAGGACAGAAUUGCUGUAUUAGUCUGGCAAGCAUAUGAAGUAUAUAUAUUCCAUGUAAUAAUUGCUAAGGUACUAUGUACAAUUGCCAGCAUCUACCUAAAAUGGUUUGAGUCUGACUUAGCUGUGUAAUUUGUAUAUAUUUGAUGCUUCUUCUAGGUCAGCCAUUACAUGAUGGUCCAUUUAAAUAUAUAUGGACUUUGAUAGCACUUUAAAAAAUUAAAAACAAACAAACACAAACCAUGUGGACAUGUCCUGUCUUCUGCCAUUUUUGAUGAGUAAUUUAUUAAGCAGAUGACUAAGGAAAUAGGGCAGGAAUCAUCUUGUGGAGCUUCUAUCUUUGCACUACAUUUUGAUUUCAAGCUUUCUGACUUGGCUAGAAGUAAAACAAUGAAAGGGCAGACCUCCUUCAUAGGGAUCAAAGAGGUCUCCCUUUCUGGGAAGGAAUUGAUGUAGUCAGUCAUUGGCAAGAAUAUACUGUGAAUAAAACCUAGCAGAGAGGGCUAUGUUGCAAUAGCAUAUAUUAUUUUCAAUGGAGUUAAACAGUUUUCAAGCUGAAUCUUUGAAAAUUCAAGCCAGUCAUGGUGGUGCAUGCCUGUAUAAUCAGCACUUGUGGGUUGGAGACAGAGGCAGGCCAUCCUGGUCUACAAAGUGAGUCCAGGGCAGCCAAGACUAUAGAGAGAAACCCUUUAUCAAAAGAGAGAGAGAGAGAGAGAGAGAGAGAGAAAAGAAAAUUCCAAAAUUGGACUUGGCCAAAUGCUGGUAGUGUCUUUACGAUUUGAUUAUGCUGUCAUUUUAAGGAAAUGACUACUUAAAGGAAUAAUUUAGAACUAAACCUUUCUCCUUCAACUAAAGAAUGAUUUGCUAAAUGAUGUCCCAAUUUUCAUCUUUAGUUAAUAGUUUAUAAGAGAAUUGUCACACAUCUGCUAGUAUGCAAUGAUUGUUAAAUUAUACAACAGAAGCUCUGGAAAAGCAUAUGGUCUGUGCUUAUAUACAAAGGCACUGUUAUACACACUUUGUUUAAUAUUUUGUCAGUUAUAUUUACAACAAAUACUUUCUUAAGACACUAUGUUGUUAAUUUUUGAUAUUAUUUUAAAGUUAAAAUUGUGAAGAUUACUGAAUAUUGUGUUUUAGCCUAGAUUAAUUAAAAAUAAAUACUUAAAGAGAUUUUUGAGUUUCAAUAAGAUUAUAAAUGAAGGUUACCAAGACAACAAUGUAUUUUCUGAGUCUGCAAAAGAAAUAAGUUAAACUCAUUAUAGUUUUAUAGCUGCUACCUUGUUAAGCAAAUGAGUUAUUUCUAAUAUUCAAAAUAUUUUGUUGUGUCAACCUGGACCAGUGCACUAUGCCUUUUACAUUUAUUGUUAUAAGAUGAUUUUGUCUUUAUAAAACUAAAUAUUAAAGAUCUAUUGUAUUAAAUAUGAAAA